AGGGUUCGCGCAUGCGCACGAGUCUCCAGCAGCCAUCAGCUCGUUUGCCCAGCGUGCGGUGACAGACGGACGAACCGAUUACCGGAGCCUUUACCCGAAAACACUCCCGAACCGAGCCGGACUCAACUCAUCUGAGGCCUAUAGAGCAGAACAUGGCGGGCGAGGGCGUCGCUCAGAUGGCGAUCAAAGAGCUGUACGUGUCUGAUAAACAGGGCAGUGAUGUGGAUGGAGACGGAUCCGAGCAAAAGCCCUUUAAAACGCCACUCAAGGCACUGUUGUUUGUGGGAAAAGACCCGUUCCCAGUGCUCUAUGUGGAUUCACAGAAGGAAGGAGAGCGCUGGGCCGUCAUCUCUAAGACUCAAAUGAAGAACACGAAGAAGCUCUUCAACCGAGAGCAAAUGAAGAGCGAGAGCAAAGACCAGAAGGAGGCUGAAGAUGCUGAACGCAGAGAGAAGAAUCUGGAAGAAGCUAAAAAGAUCACCAUCAAGAACGACCCCAGCCUUCCUGAACCCAAAACCGUGAAGAUUGAUAAACUGGAGCUGUUCAGAGAGCAGAGGGUGAAGGUGUUCGGUUGGGUGCAUCGCUUGCGCAGACAAGGAAAGAACCUUCUGUUUAUUGUGCUGCGCGACGGAACCGGUUUCCUGCAGUGUGUUCUCACGGAUAAACUGUGUCAGUGUUAUAAUGGACUGAUGUUAUCUACGGAGAGCACCGUCGCUCUGUAUGGAACCGUCAAACCUGUUCCUGAGGGCAAACAGGCUCCGGGUGGCCAUGAGCUGCACUGUGAUUUCUGGGAGCUGAUGGGUCUGGCUCCGGCGGGCGGCGCUGAUAACCUGCUGAACGAGGAGUCUGACGUGGACGUGCAGCUGAACAACCGGCACAUGAUGAUCCGCGGGGAAAACGUCUCCAAGAUCCUGAAAGUCCGAUCCACCGUGACCCAGUGUUUCCGGGAUCAUUUCUUCAGCCGGGGUUACUGCGAGAUCACUCCGCCCACUCUGGUGCAGACGCAGGUGGAGGGCGGCUCCACCCUCUUCAGUCUCAACUACUUCGGCGAGAACGCGUACCUGACGCAGUCGUCUCAGCUCUACCUGGAGACCUGCAUCCCUGCGCUGGGAGACACUUUCUGCAUCGCACAGUCCUACCGCGCCGAGCAGUCGCGCACCCGCAGACACCUGUCCGAGUACACCCACAUCGAGGCUGAGUGUCCCUUCAUGAGUUAUGAAGACCUUCUGAACAGGUUGGAGGAUCUGGUGUGUGAUGUGGUUGACAGGGUCCUGAAGUCUCCUGCCGCCCAACUGCUCUACGACCUGAACCCUGACUUCAAGCCUCCCAAACGUCCGUUCAAGAGGAUGAACUACACCGAGGCCAUUGAUUGGCUAAAGGAGCACAACAUCAAGAAGGAUGAUGGCACGUUUUACGAGUUUGGAGAGGAUAUCCCAGAAGCCCCUGAGCGCCUGAUGACCGACGCCAUCAACGAGACGAUCCUGCUGUGUCGAUUCCCGGCUGAGAUCAAGUCCUUCUACAUGCAGCGCUGCCCUGAGGACCGGCGCCUCACUGAAUCGGUGGAUGUGCUGAUGCCUAACGUCGGGGAGAUCGUGGGAGGAUCCAUGCGUAUCUGGGACGCGGAGGAGCUCCUGGACGGGUAUAAGAGAGAGGGAAUCGACCCCACACCCUACUACUGGUACACUGACCAGAGGAAGUUCGGCACGUGUCCUCACGGUGGAUACGGUCUGGGACUGGAGCGGUUCCUCACCUGGCUCCUGAACCGCCACCACAUCCGUGACGUCUGCCUCUACCCACGCUUCAUCCAGCGCUGCCGCCCUUAACCACACACACACACACACACACAUCACUGCAAGAGACCAACUACAAAAUCACAGCACUCGCUCCCGUUGCUUCAGACCAUACUUAUAUAUUAAAGACCAUAUUCAUAUAUACACGUCAUGUUUAAAGAUCUAAUCAGAAGACGGUUUGAAAGAGGAUUGUGUCUGUAAUGUUCAAAUGUGGCAUAAUAAAUCAAUGAUGAUGCA